AUGCAGUCGUCAACACUGUCGGAAGAGAAUCGCGAGGAUCCAUCACUCCUUGUUGGCUCUCAGCCUCUUACAAUUUCUCCACCCACUUCUUCCCCUUCGCGACCACGCCAUAUCGCAUGCGCCCGCUGUAGACGACGUAAGGUUCGCUGCGAUGGGAUCCUGCCAGCAUGCACAAAUUGUGCCAAAGCCGGGGUUGAGUGUUUCGAAGGGAAUUCCACGUGGGAUGUCUCUCGCAAACGUCUCCAUUACCUAGAGAGGAGGGUUCGAGAGCUUGAGUCACUCCAACAAAACGCGCCUUCUCCCCGUGAAAUACCACCCAGAGUAUCGACUGUCGAACAGUCACAACAGGACAUCUCUGCGGAGGUCUCGGAAGUAGCUCAUCCAGAGAGCAAUCAGCCAUCGGGCCAGUCGCCCGCGAUCUCUAUCUCAAGCAGCAUAACACGCGAUCAGCCGUUGGCCCACGAAGUAGGUUUAUUGUCUCUGGCUAAUGGCAGUGAUCCGAAGUAUCUGGGCCCAUCGUCUGGAGUUCCUUUUGCGCGCUUGAUUUACGAAAGUGCGCCGAAUUCUCAAGGUCUGCCGUUGAAUCUGCAGAAACAGAAUUCCAAUGAAUCCCAGGCCCAAGGAUCAGCCCAAGAUAUCCCACAACCCGUUGGGCUUCCAUCACUGGCAGACUGCCAACAGUAUGCUGAGGCGUAUUUGAGUGCAACGGAGUUCUACCCAUUUCUACUACAGGACGAUGUCUUUGACCUGCUCGACAGUGCCCAUCGAUUCGCGGAGAAGGGAGAAUGGAAUCAAAGUAUACCAAUAACGCUAGGAUUUGCCCAAGUCUUCCUGCUCUUAUCUAUCGGUGCUCGUCUCUUGGAGACGAAGCUCAAGACCGACUUUAGCUCCCGCGGCUUGUUCGCUGCAGCAAUGCAAUAUAUCAACCAGAUUAAACUCCAUGACAGUAUCGAAGGCGUCCAGGUACUACUAUUGCUAGUAAUACACAGUCUUUACAGCCCUGAAGGACUGAACGCCUGGUUUUUAUUGCAUACAAUCAUUGCAAGCUGCUUGGAUCUGGGCUUACAGCGUCUCAAUCCCACCGAGUCGAGCGAUCUGCGUCGAAAAAGAUAUUCGCGUAGUGCUAUCUUCUGGUCCGCAUACUCGCUUGAUCGAACCUUGACAACCAUCCUGGGGCGACCCCUCACACUGAGAGACGAGGCUAUUGAUGUCGAAUUUCCGGGGGUUGACCAAAGUGAUGAAGUAGGCUUGGGUGCCUUUCAGUGGUACCAGAGUGCCGAAUAUACACCAGACCCGACACUUCCUCACUUCACGCCCUGUAUAUACUCUCUUCGAUUUGACCGGAUUAUCGCAGAGAUCAAGCUGAUGAUCUACCGCGUCUCCCGAUCUCCGCAGCGAUUCCCUUGGCCAGACAAUCUCACAGUUUGGCAACAUGAAGCUGAAGCAGCCUGCCAUGGCCUACUGCAAGAGGUGCAAAAGCGACAGCGAGGUCGUCCAUUUGGCAGUUCAAACCCACUGUCAAUGCUGGUCGUGCAACGGCUUGAACUAAAAUAUCACCAAUCUAUAAUGCUGCUCUUCCGACCUAGUCCCCAGAUUCCUCAGCCGAGUCAGGGCGCGGUGCAAGCCUGCUUCAACAGCUCCAUGGAGACAAUUCGCCUCUACGCUGAACUCCAUCGCUUUGCAAAUAUGGACUCCUCGUGGCUGUCUGCCCAUUCAAUUUUCGUCGCUGCUAUUACCAUGCUCUAUUGCCUUUGGACAAAUCCUGCUGUACGGGGAUCGACACCUUUCGCCACCUAUCUAGAACGGGCCGAAGCCGCACACCGACUACUGACAUUCCUCAGCGGCACAUGGUCAGUGGCUGAGGAUGCGUGUGAGAAGCUGUCCCGGUUGAUCCUCGUCACAUUCAGGGGUCGCGAGCAAUCGCAGCAGCUACGCGAUGAACCCCAGCGGCUUCCUGAGAGCCUUCCUCCCAGAGAUAGGGAUUGUGAACCAACCUCAAUGGACGAAAGUGCACCAGAUCCAUGGUUCCAGCAAGGGUCAAAUAUACUGGUAGAUGAGCUAGGGAUUCUACGUGACUUCUUCGACCUUGGAUGGCUGAAUAAUGUGAGCUUAGAUGCGAUUUCCCAGCCCAUGUGGGAUGAUGAUCAGUUUGUAGUACCGAAUGGGUAG